CGAUAACCUAAGGCCUAAUUGCACUCGUCUCUCCAUGUCCAGGCUCUUUUCGCAGCUCAAAGCGCUCUGCUGCCUCUCACGGUCUCACGCAAGCGAACCUAGAGGCCUCACUUCCGCGCUCUGGCACUCUGCUAUCCCCAGUGAGGGUUUCGUGCAGGUGUACUUGGGAUUGGGCUUAGUUGAGCUGAAUUGAGCUAAGUUGUCGCGAGUUAGAGACCAUGGGAUUGGAAUUAGCAAGCUACGGAACAGAAUAUUACGAGGAGAUGGCGGAUGUUGAUUUUAGCGAUUCAGAGGUAGUCUCUUAUGUUCGAGACACCCUUAAAUCGGUCGCCCAGGGGGACACUGACCGUUAUAACCAGCUAAUUGGAGUCAUGCAUCACAGUGAAGGUCUUGCUCCAGAUGAGGUGGCCUUGCUUGUGACAAGUUUGAAGGCACUUUCUGGAGUGGUUUCCUAUGUUGAUAUUGUUCUCCAUGAAGCUCUUCUAUCAUCUAUUUUUGGGAUGAGUAUGUGGAACUAUGGACCUGAUGUUGUGGAUGCGUUAGUGGAACUAAUUAAAUCUUUGGCUGUUUCAAAUGGAGUAUUUGUUGAUUCAUGUUUGGAUAUGCUUGUUAGGAAUUUUAUGCCACCCAAAUCCUUCAUUAGUUUUUUGAGACUGCCUCGGGGCUGUAUAAUUAAGGAUGAGGUUCUUAACCGGGUGCAUGCAGCGUUGACUGACAUUGCUUACUUGGUGCCACUUGCUCCCUCAAGAUUGUUGCCCAUAAUUCUAAGGAGAAUGCCGAACAUGUUUGAUAAUGAAGCUUUACUCGUGAUCUAUGUCGAGAGCAUGUUCAGGCUGGAAAGCAGUGCAAUUGGAGAACUUAUUGGUAGCACAAUGUUAAUGGCAGUGGUGGAUAGGCUUGUAGAUUUAGACGUGGAGAUAGGAUGGGAUGAGAUUAUACAGGAGGAUGCAAGUAAAGGAAUAUUUCACAUGGAAUUAGAAGAUGUAGAGGAAACUGAAGAUUUUGUUGUGAAAGAUGGAUCAAAGUUUUCGAAAGGAACUAUGUGUGGACUGAACUUUGGAGGCAAUGUGGUUGCUGACAAAUUGGAUAGCUUGAUGCUACUCACGUGUCAACAUCUGGAAUCAUGUUAUGACGAAGGCCGUCUUGCCAAGGUAUUUGAUACUCUUCUUCAAUCCUUUCGGAUCACUAUUCUCAAUGCCUACAAGUCAAAGUUUGCUCAGUUUGUGAUGUUCUAUUCCUGUUCACUUGAUCCUGGAAGUUGUGCUGUGAGAUUUGCAAAUUUGCUUUCAGAUAUAUUUAUGUGUGAGACUCACCCUCCACUUACUAGGAUGAGUGCUGCUGCUUAUCUUGGUAGUUAUUUGGCCCGUGCGAAGUUCUUGUCAUCCUCUUUGAUUUCCUACAUGUUGAAAAGGCUUAUUGGUUGGUGUUAUAAAUACAUCCAAAUUCAGGAUGGUGAAGUGAAGACAAUAAAUCCUGAAGCUCAUAGGAUAUUUUAUUCUGGGUGCCAGGCUGUCAUGUAUGUGCUUUGCUUCAGAAUGAGCUCGAUGGUUGAUGUGCCUCCUCUCAAAUCACAGCUUUUUCAAAUGCCUUUAGAACAAAUCUUGCAUCACCCACUGGAUCCUUUGAAGGUGUGCCUGCCUUCCAUAGUGAAGGAAUUCCUCCGACAGGCAAAGGCUGCUCGCCUGUUCACUGUUUCAGAAAACUUCCUUUUCAGUGACUUGCUGGAAUCAGAUUCGUCCAAGGCUUUCGGAGGGACAGAAAGAUUGGACAUGUUCUUCCCUUUCGACCCAUGUUUAUUGAAGAAAUCUGACAGGUUUAUUCGUCCAAAUUUUGUGUAUUGGUCAAUGGUUAGAACUACAUACGAUGAUGAUGAUGAAGCAAGCGGUGAAGAAGAUGAUGAUAAUGAUGAUGAUGAUGCUGCUAGGAGCUUUGAUGAGCAUGGCAUUGAUCUCGAUGACUUUGAGAGCUCAAUGAACAAAAUGUCCAUUACACCAAAGGCUCGGGCACCCAUGAGAAUGCCUGCUAAAAUACGACCUUCUACGAGUCCAGAAUCACUGUGAUUUCAUAAAUGUCUCUCACAAUUAAUGGUGAGGACACUAAAUUUUGGAUGCUUGUGAAUACAGAAAGGUACUAGAAUGAAGCAAAUUUUGUAGUGAUUAUCCCUUAUCUGAGAUUUGAGGCCAGCUGCUGUGUAUGCGGAGCAGGAGUACACAAGUUGGGGAGUAAAGAGUAUUAUCAUGCUAAAAAAUGAUACAGAUGGAUGGAUCCCUUGGCUGGGCUAUACAUAUCGAUUGGAUACAUGUCUGGGAUGCAAUACAAUGCCUAAGGAGCUAUCCAACAUUUCUCAGCUAGUGAACAUGUUGUAUGAGUUGUAUAUUUUUACUUAUGAUCCUGAUUAUUAAUAUUUGGGUGGUACUAUUUCUAAUAGACACUGUUACUUGAUUACUGUAAUAGUUUAUUUUUUUACUUUUUGGUCA